AUGCUGUGGCUGUCGUAUGCGGCUUUGUUUCAACCUCUGCCAGGUCGUGCUUCGAUCACUCGUCCAUCGUUUCUAGCACAUCCUCCAACUCACCGGCCGGAAGAGCUGCCUCUUAACCAAAAGAUUUACAUUGGCAUGUUUUUGUUCGUCCACAUCAACGCGUUCUGCUUUGCCCUGCGCCUUUUUUUCUCAUUGUUUGUUACACUGCGAGAAAGCAAGCGGUUACUAGAGCGGCGUCCUAAACCGAGUUCAGGGCUCUUGAGCGAUGUUUCACAGGAUACAAAAAGCCACCUAGGAGAGGAAAUUCCACUCAGAGAUAUAGAAGCAAGCUCGACCCAAUCGCAAUCAGCAUCGCUUCUCCCGGAGCAAGAAGUGAUUCACGCAAUCAUUUUGCCGAAUUACAAAGAAGACACAGAAACUUUGAAAACAACACUGCAUGUCCUAGCCAGCCACCCCCGAGCUUCAAGCCAGUAUGAGGUUUACCUGGCCAUGGAGCAAAAAGAAACCGGAGCAAUCAACAAGGCGAGCGAAUUGAUCUCACAAUUUGAGACGGCAUUUUCUUGCAUCCAAGCAACAUUUCAUCCAUUCGGAGUGGCAGGAGAGAUCGCUGGCAAGGGCUCAAAUGUGGCCUAUGCUGCUCGCCAUAUUAUGAGUCUGCAUGCAAGAGACGGCGAGCCAGGUGUGACGGACACAUUAAUUACGGUCAUUGACGCGGAUACCCACCUUUUGCAGGACUAUUUCAGUGAGAUCAGACGCCUUCACCUUGAUGAUGAAGUUAGUCCUGAGCGAAGCUUCUAUUCUUGUCCGAUUAUCUUCGAUCGCAAUUCCUCGGAAACUCCGGCUUUGGUGCGCUGUGCCGAUCUAAUGUGGGGAUUUGCUGGUAUCUCAGCCACGUACCCAGGCUCGCCCAUUUGCAUCCCAACUUCGGUCUAUUCUUUACCUUUAACGCUAGCAAAAAAGGUUGGCGGCUGGGAUAGUGAUGCUUCUGCCAUUGGUGAAGAUAUGCACAUGCUUCUAAAGUGCUACUUUUCCAUGAAUGGUAACAUUACCACACGCGUGGUUUAUAGUGCGGCAAGCCAGUGCAACAUCUCUAGCCACGAUACUGCUGGUCGGCCACGGACUAUAAGCACCCUUGCCGCUCGUUACCGCCAGGCGUUGCGUCACAUGUGGGGUGCAUUGGACACUGGAUAUGCCAUUCAACGAAGCUUUGGCAGCUUGAAGCGUCCUAGCUGGCAUGUUCUCUUUACAGGGAAGCACCUCGCACUUGUACAUCUUCUUUGGGAGGCGCAUUUUCUGCCAUCUCAUCUGACAAUUUGCCUAAUGAUUACCUCGGUUUAUUCUGCUCUAACACCAACCGAGCUCAUUCACCCUGACCUUCUGUUGGCGUUGAAUUGGGCGGGGACCUUACGAGCCUGUUCUUUCAUCAUGAUGAACAUCUGCAUCAUUGUCUACGACUACUGGCACUACUUUUGCGUGAACACUCGUUCACUUGAUAUGAUGGACGCAGGUGUUGUCGACGCGGGCUUUUCGUUCCGUUAUAGGUUUAGCCUUAACAGCCUUCUCGACCGUAUCAUUUUCCCUGUAGCGGGAACUAUUUUCGGACCCAUUCCAGCUGUGCAAGCUGUUGUCUCACACUUUUGGACUGAUAAACUUCAGUACCAAGUGAGUCAGAAGCCUAACUUUGUAGGCAGCCAAGCUUGA